AUGAACACUCAAGAACUUCAAUAUGAUAAAUUGACCAUAAAAAAUAACAAUAAUAAAAAAAAUAAUCGUAACAGAAAAAAGAAGAAAAGAAGAACAGCAGCUGUAAGCAGUAGUAGUGAAAGUGACAGUAGUGAAAGUGAUAGUAGUAACGAAAAUGAAAAUGGAAAUGCUAUAGUCAGUAAAGGUGAAGAAGAUGUACAAUUAACGGAUAAUGAGGAUGAACAACAAGCAAUAAUACCUUUAUCAAAUAAACAAGAGUCAUUAUACAAUGAAGGAUUAACUUUGGAAACUAAGAAAAAAUUAAUUAGUGUAAAUUUAAACAAUAUUAAUAUAAAUAAAAAUGGUAUUAAUGGUAAUCGUAUUGGUAACUCAACUGUUACUGAGGAAGAUUUAAAUAAAAUAUCAGAAGAUUUGGAUACUUUGGAUGAAAAAACAAUAAAGAAUAAAUACCUAGGCAUGAUAUUCGAAAAUUAUGGUGAUGACAUUAAUAAAUUAAAAGAUGUGCCUGAUUUUACGAAUAGAUCUUUGGUUAUAUUAGCAAAUACGUUAAAAGAAGGUGUCAAAAUGUUUGAUAAAGAUAAUUUAAGUACCAUAUUAGAAUAA